AUGUCACGCCGGAAGCAGAAGAGACCCCAGCAUCUCGUUAACGCGGAUCCAGGGGGCCCACGGCUGCUAUCUCACGAAGAACACCUUGGCAUGAAGUCACCUUCCACGUCUCUUGGCUCCGAAGUGACUUCAUCAGGAUCUUCCUCCUCCUCCCCCACCUCUCUCCAAGACUGCCAGCCGCCCCUGGCCCCUCGCCCAUCCCCUGGUGGGCUCCACGCGCCCUCCUUGCCCAGCGAGAGCUCGCCUCCUCCCCACUGGCCCAGCCACAUUGCCCCCUUCACCACCUCCCUCCCAAACACCCACUCUUCCCUCUCACCAGACUUUCCUCACCCGUCGCUGUCAUCCCAGACUCACUCCCCCCCUCCCCUGGGUCAAACUUCAAGUUCCCACACCUUGCCCCACCAAGGAAACUCUCACUCCACCAUGACCUCUCCUCCGAUGGGCAGCUCAGCCACAACCACUACCUCCUCCUCCUCUUCUUCCUCCUCGUCUUCUCAGUGUGUGCCACCUCACCGUGACAGCUCAAGUCCAGGCCAGCAGCAGAACUCCAGCUCUAAUGGAGAGCAAGGACCGAUGCAGGUGCCGCCAACCUUGGCUGUACUUCUUGAAGAGCUGAGGGUUUUACAGCAAAGGCAAAUCCACCAGAUGCAAAUUACAGAGGAGAUCUGCAGGCAUGUUCUCAGACUUGGAGGAGCUGUCUUUGGCCAGGAUAAUAACACAUCAACAAGUGGUGCAGACACCAACCAGAAGUCGACAGGAGCAGCAUCAUCAUCCCCAACACACCCCUCCACUGCCACACCAGUAACCACAGCAGCAUCGCUUCUGAGCAGCCUCCCAUCGUCCCUCUUUCCUCAGUCAUCAGUUCCCAAAUCAGGUGCUUCACAUGGUAAUGGCAGCAGAGCCCCCUCCUCCUCUACCUCUUCCUCAUUAUCUUCCUCAUCUCUUGCACCUUCUAUCAGCUCCUCUGUCGCCUCCCUGCACCCCCUUUCCUUGUCACUGGGCUUACCACCACGCUACCUCCACGAGAAGUCAUCAAACAACUCCUCAUUUGGUCAUAGCAAUGGUAUUAGCUUCCCAACUCCUCCCCUUCCUACCACCAGCCACUCCCAGGAUCACCAGCCCAGCUCUUCUCUCGGCUCUGCCUCCUCCUCAGGACGCCCUCAACAUGUGUGCCGUUUUUGUGGGAAGGUGUUAAGCAGUGAUUCGUCACUCCAGAUCCAUCUGCGGUCUCAUACAGGUGAAAGGCCCUACCAAUGUCCAGUCUGCUUGAGCCGUUUUACAACCAGAGGGAACCUCAAAGCUCAUUUUCUGCGUCAUAGAGAGCAGAACCCCGAGCUGUCCCUCUCUCUUCUGCCCCCAGCACUGUCAGAGCAGACACAGAGUGGUUCUUCUGGUGGUGCCAUCCAGAGAAGGAGAAAACGGCGGGCUGAUGAUGAUGAGUCAUUCAAUGGAGUUAAAGGAAGUAUUCCUGGAGUGACAGAUAACAUGGCUUUAGGGUUCUUGUCUGGUGCAUCCACCCGGCCUUCGCCUUCCUCUCUACCUCUGCCCCCCUCAGUGGACAUGGCAUUGCUGUCUACUGCCCAUUCACUGUUACAGCUGAACAGGGCCUCAGCUGCAUCUGCUGCCAGCGCUUCAAGCACUGUAUUACCUUCCUCUUCUUCCGCUUCAUCUUCCUCCUCCUCCUCCUCCAUGGGCAGCCAGUUUAAAGGAGCGAAGCAGCAGCGAUUUGAUGAAAACACACCUCCUCACUCCACUCUCCAUACAACUUCUCCAUACUCCCAACUGGCCCACUUACCCAAGAUUCUCUUCCCUGGAGGUACCUCCCCUCACCACCUUGCACUUCUCCGACCCCCAGGCCACCCUUCCACCUCCCACCUCCCUUCUCAUCAGCUACCUUUUCCCUUUCCCCCCUUCCCAAAACCAUCGACUUCCUCCCCUUCCUCAUCCUCUCCCACCACAUCUAGCCAAACAUCUGACACCUCCAAAUUGCAGCGUCUGGUGCAGAAACUUGAAAAGCAGCCACAGGAAGGAGCCUCCUCUUCCUCCACCUCGUCAACGACCUCUGCUGAAGCCAAUGGCGAUACACAUGGCCAUGACUUGAGCACCACCUCUAGUGCCUAUCGCAGGGAAAUGUUGGCUGCUCUUGGCCUGAGCCCGAGUGCCAAUGCUGCUGGACUGGUGACAAGCCAGGGAGUGUCAGGUUCUGGCACCACAACAACAACCACUACCCCAUCUCUGCCUAAAGCCCAGGCUGCUAACCAGUGUGGAGUAUGUCUGCGUGUCCUCAGUUGCCCAAGAGCUCUGCAACUGCACCAGGCCACGCAUCUGGGAGAACGUCCAUUCCCUUGCAAGCUGUGUGGCCGUUCAUUCUCCACAAAGGGUAGUCUCAGGGCGCACCUGGCCACUCACCGUGCUAGACCAGCAAAUUCCCGUGCCUUGAACUCCUGCCCUUUGUGCCCACGCAAGUUCACGAACGCCCUUGUUCUUCAGCAUCAUAUCCGCCUGCAUCUAGGAGGGCAGUUACCUCCUGAUGAAGACAUGCUUCCUGAGGAUGGCCCAGAAAUGCAGAAUGCCAUCUUUAACAAUGGCGAGAAUGACUCAAACGGUUCAGCAUCACAACUCCUUCCACUAGCCUUAACAACAAGCUCCAAGUCCCCAUUAGAUACUCCCAACUCAGGGUCGACUUCUAAGCAAUCCACGGCUGCUAAUGCUACUUCUGUGAAGACAGAGGAAUCAGAGGGCUCAACACCCAGUGUCAGCCCACCUCUGACCCAUAAUCCCCCCUCAGCAGGAGCUGAGGACCCCUUGCAUGUGGGAGACAACACCCUAGCUGAUGAUAGUCCUGUGAAUGGCUCCAUGUACUCUGAGGAGGAGACCCACGCUGACCUGGGUAACACCAGCCCUUUCAAAGCACCCAUAGCUAGUUCAGCUGUGAAUGGAGAUGCAGAGGCAGAUGACACACCUCUUUCUCUCUGUGUUUCAAAACCUGGAGUAGAAAAUGAUAAGCAGCUCAGGGGCGUAAAUAAUGAGGAAGCUUGCUCAACAAACAAACCCACAACAAGCCUUGAUUCGAAACCCCCUGCUGCCAGCGUCUUACCUGCACUCACCCCACCUGCCAGCCCUAAAGCUGUCUCUGAAGCGGAGGAGGCCUGUGGGAGUGAACCUCUGGACGCACAAGAGACUGAGACUACCCAAAGCAAAAGCAAGACUGAGACUGAAAUGCGAAGAAAAUCAGUUUUGGAUCCAGAGCCAGAGAGGGACAUUCAAAUGGAGGAGGGUAGCAGUGUGCCAGAAAAGCCCUUAGAGGACCCAGAGUCCUCUGCCACAGCACAAGCAAUAGACACCCAGCUUCCUCGCCCUGACAAACCCUAUGGCUGCUCUGAGUGUGGCAAGGCAUACGCAAGCCGUAGCGGACUUAAGGGCCAUAUGAAAACUCACCCUGGAGUGCUGACCAGUACCCCCUCCAAGGCUCAGACCAAUGACAAUAACAUUGUGGAGGAUCACAGUUCACUUCCAGUCAGUAACAACCAGGAACAGCAGGAAGAGGAGCCAGGUUUGGUUAAAUCCCCUCAGAAAGUUGACAGCACAGAUCCUCCACCAGUCAGUGUUGCUUCCAGUGUGGCGGACGAGCCCAUGGACACUACUGUGUAG